AUGUCUUUCCACUUUAUUGCAGGGCUGCAAGCUCAGACUGUCUUAGUCAAUGACACAGUCUCGGGGUUUAUCGGGACAGACGUGGUCCUGCACUGCAGCUUCACCAAUCCACUCCCCAAUGUGAAGAUCACACAGGUCACGUGGCAGAAAGCCACCAACGGCUCCAAGCAGAAUGUGGCCAUCUACAACCCUGCCAUGGGGGUCUCCAUUCUCUCUCCAUACAAAGAGCGGGUGACUUUCCGGAAUCCUUCCUUCAAAGAUGGCACCAUUCAGCUCUCUCGGCUAGAGCUGGAAGAUGAGGGAGUUUACAUCUGUGAGUUUGCUACCUUCCCAACUGGCAACCGGGAAAGUCAACUGAACCUCACUGUGCUGGCCAAGCCCACAAAUCGGAUGGAGGGCACCAAGCGGCCACUUAUCGCUAAGUCUGGCAGGACAGAAAAGAUCUUGGUAGCUACCUGUACCUCCUCUAACGGAAAGCCCCCCAGCACUGUCACCUGGGACACCAAGCUCAAAGGGGAAGCGGAGUUUCAGGAGAUCCGGAAUAGCAAUGGCACUAUCACAGUGAUCAGCCGGUAUCGGCUGGUGCGGAGCCGCGAGGCCCACCGGCAACAGCUCAUGUGUGUGGUCAAUUACCAGCUGGACCGCUUCACCGACAGCAUGACCCUCAAUGUGCAGUAUGAGCCAGAAGUCACUAUUGAGGGCUUUGAUGGCAACUGGUUUCUCAACCGGAAGGAUGUGAAGCUGAUAUGCAAAUCUGAUGCCAACCCCCCAGCUCACACCUAUGAAUGGAAGCUGCCAAAUGGGACUCUGCCAGGGAGUGUGGAAAUCCAGAACAACACCAUCUACUUUAAAGGGCCUGUCUCCUACAGCGUGGCUGGCACCUACAUCUGUGAGGCCUCCAACGCCAUCGGUACACGGUCGGGCUUGGUGGAAGUCAAUGUCACAG